GCUUGUAUUAUUACGUCACACAACUCCUUCUUGUUUGUCGUGAUAAUGCAUUAUCGUGACGUCACAAGUGCAUGUACGAGUUAUUUCACCUUGUUCGUAUUUUUUUAAUUAUGUUUUAAAAGCUAGAUAUAGUUUGAAAAACAACACUAAUUAAUUAAGUAUUCGCGAGUCUUCUAGUGUACUGUUUGAUGACGUAAUAAUACAUCGUUUAUUCCGCGAAUAGCUGUCCUGCGAUUCUAUAUUUAUUUAAAAUCGCGAAACAUUAAACUCAAAAUCUGGCAAGUUCAAAUGUAAACAAAAUGGCGAUCGUGCCGCUCGACGAUAUCGCCGUAUCAACCAAUCUAACCACUGAGCACUUUAUUUCGUCACUGAUAUAUCUUUGUUACGUAGGUUAAGUUAGGAAAGAUGUGAGCCAGGAUCCAGAGAUGAUUCGCGAGACUGGGUUCAUCAAUUCGCAACCUACGUUCGCAGAGUGCCUUAAUAUUGUAAGUUCUGGUAUAGAGGACAAUGCUUCUGACGUUUAUCGAAAGUCGCCGAUUGCAGCCGCGUUUGAUCGCGUACAACAGAAGGAAGAGACAAUAGCAGAUUCCACAGGCAGCAGCUUGCACAGCGACUGCAGCCCGACGUCUUCGCGACCAGUGUCGCUCGCCUUCUCACCGAUAUCGACGGUUUCGAACUCGCCCCGCGGGAAAAUGGGCUUCGUCGGCCCGCAGAAUAACUCAACAGUUCCGUGCGCUUCAACUUCAGCCACAAGCCAAAGUCAUCACUACCAACAAAGUCAUAUGUCAUCGGAAUAUAUUCAGGGUUCUAACUUUAGACCCCAUAACCCACCCUAUGCACCAAGGAUACAGGAACCUACCCACUUCGACCCCAGAUUUAGCUACCGGCCCCAAUUCGACGCCCCUCACAGUGCAUACGAAGAACCCCAGGAUCACGGAGCGUUUACGUUAGCCCCACCUGACCCACCCUACAGGGGAAUCCCCUCUUACCCCACAGCUCAUGUGUACCCAGUGGAUCCAUUCUUGCAAUAUCAAAGAAGUGAUUAUGACGUAAUAAGAGACGAACAAUGCCCGGAUUUUCCAUGGAUGAGAGAAAAGAAAUCUGGGGAAAAAACGUCAGAAGGAAGAAGAGUUCGGCCCGCGGGCGCAUCCAGGAGACUACGGACUGCUUACACCAACACCCAACUGCUGGAACUAGAGAAGGAGUUUCAUUAUAACAAAUACCUUUGCCGACCAAGAAGAAUUGAAAUUGCGACCCUGCUCGACCUGACUGAGAGACAGGUCAAAGUUUGGUUUCAGAACCGUCGAAUGAAACACAAACGUCAACAAUUACAACAAUCACAAAAAGACAAUGACGAUUCUGACGUAACAAGCGCCGACGAAAAAAAUGACGUCAAAGAAACCGGUAGUGACGUCGAGUCGGAUAAAAACGAUGAUGUCACUUCCCUUGAAGCAUCGGAGAGUGGAAAUGGCAAAUCACGUCAUUCUUCAAGUGAUGACGUAACUGAUGACGAAAGCAAGGUAGCUGUCCCUUCCUCCCCAGUCGUUAAAAGAGAAAAAUACAAAAAGUCGGAAAAGAAAUUUGAAAAUAUUCAAUGCGGUACUGAGAGUGCCAAGUCAUCGGUGCAUGACGCUGCAGUUUCCGAAAAUGUCAAAAGCGAAGAAGUAUUAAGUCCCAAAGACGAGACAGUUGAUGACGUGUUUAAUACGUCACAAACCUCCCACGUCACGACCAGUGUUACCACACGUUGUCAUCUGCACAUGAAGUGCAGUGUUGACCACAGAAAUUUUGACAAUAACUGGCAACACUCUGUGAAUGAAAGCACAAAGACAGCAGACCAAGCAGUCACAUGCACACAUCCCAUGAACAUGGAACACUCCUUUCCUCAAGCAACGUUCAUGCAGCGCCACCAUACGACCACUGCCAACGGAAUGUAUAAACCGCUAGGUGUCAUAACGCAGCAGGACGAAUGGCAUAGCCACACACUGCAAGGCAAGACACAUAACAAUGAAUACGCUUACACCACUCAGCAUAAACAUGAAGUGCCCCAUCCCACCUACCCCCCAUGGAAACCCCCACCCCAACCCAUCACCCAUAACUAUCAUUCAAAACCCUUCCCUUUAUUCGAUAGCAACGUAAACUCUUACAACUACAACAACGGUUUCGACUCCAGCUUUCGCCCAAGUAAAUACCGACCCUUCAUUCCCGAUAACGGGUAUUCCCCAACUCAUGACGUAAACCGGCAGCAAAUCCCUCACCCCGAAUGGAAAGCCCCUAUGGGGAAGUACCCCAAACCGUACACCCCUCAAUAUGAGAGCCACGGUGUUAACAUAUCGCAAACAGCUGGCUUACUGAGCAACGCUCAGAAACUGCUGGAUUUGUAAUUUAUAUCAUUUGUACUAAUCGUUGUGUGACGUCAGCAAUAAAAGCGCUAAACAUA